GACUGUACGAAGAUGACGUAGGGGUCAAUGUCUGUAUAUGCAGCUAUCGUCAUUUUAGCUCGUUAAGGUUAAUCGCACGUAGACUGGAAGUGGAAGAGGAAGUUAGGGAUAGCCAUAUUAUAAUUUUGAUUUUCUUAUUAAAUACGCUCUUUCUGACAUCUUUUGACCAGUCGGUAAUUUUAUGUGUUUUGAUUAUCAAUAAAACACACGAAGAAAAAUUGUCCAGAAGAUCUCGUACAAGGAAAUUUGAAUCAUAUGUAUCACUGAGCGUGUUUCUCGAUAUCAUUAUCAAGACCUUGUUUAACUUUAGGCUUAGCUUCGUUAGUGAAAUCUUUGGUAUUAAACAUUUCUCAAUUCUACUUUUCUAGGCUUUGAUUGUAGAAUGUGAUGUUCGAACUAUUGCCUAUUACGUGUAAAAGAAAGAAAAAAAUAUUUAAUAAUGAGUGGUAGACCAAGAACCACCUCCUUUGCAGAAGGUAAUAAACAUCAGCAGCAACAACAGCCAAGUUUUUCAGGAGUUAAAAUAAGCAGCCAGCUGAAUGCAGCAGGUCCCAUGGUGUUGUGAGAGACACAACUCAACUAGCGAGAAAGCAGCACACACCUACAGCAGUCACGAUAGAUACUAUCUGCAGUCAUGGAUACCACAGAACGCUCCCCUUCAGUUCACAGUAAAGAUGGAGGAAAGGUGACUACAGUUUUGGCAACUCCAGGCCAGGGACCUGACAGGCCACAGGAAGUAUCCUACACUGAUACCAAAGUUAUUGGAAAUGGUUCUUUUGGUGUGGUUUAUCAAGCUCGACUUGUAGAUACUGGAGAGUUGGUUGCUAUCAAAAAAGUUUUGCAAGACAAGAGAUUUAAGAAUAGGGAGCUGCAGAUUAUGAGACGCUUGGAUCACUGUAAUAUAGUCAGACUGAAGUACUUUUUCUAUUCAAGUGGAGAAAGGAAAGAUGAAGUAUACCUCAACUUGGUCAUGGAAUUUAUUCCUGAAAUGGUCUAUAGAGUAGCAAGACACUAUAGUAAAUCAAGACAAACCAUACCAAUAUCAUUUAUUAAGUUGUACAUGUAUCAGCUGUUCCGCAGUUUAGCCUACAUUCAUUCCUUAGGAAUCUGUCAUCGAGACAUAAAGCCACAAAACUUACUUCUAGAUCCAGAGACAGGAGUUCUAAAGUUGUGUGAUUUUGGAAGUGCUAAGAACCUAAUUAGAGGUGAACCAAAUGUUUCAUACAUUUGCUCACGUUACUACCGAGCACCAGAAUUGAUAUUUGGUGCUACUGACUAUACAACAAUGAUAGAUGUCUGGUCAGCAGGAUGCGUGCUUGCAGAACUAUUACUUGGUCAGCCUAUCUUUCCUGGUGACAGUGGGGUGGACCAAUUGGUAGAGAUUAUCAAGGUUCUUGGGACUCCCACCAAAGAACAAAUCAGGGAGAUGAACCGUAACUACACGGAAUUUAAGUUUCCUCAAAUCAAGGCCCAUCCUUGGCAAAAGGUAUUCCGAGCUCGGACACCUCCUGAAGCCAUUGAUCUUGUUGCAAAGUUACUAGAAUAUACUCCAUCAGCUCGUAUCACUCCUCUGCAAGCAUGUGCUCAUACUUUUUUUGAUGAAUUACGUGAACCAGGGACAAAAUUACCGACUGGGAGAGAAUUGCCACCUUUAUUUAAUUUUACUGAGAAUGAACUGCGAAUCCAGCCAUCACUGAACUCUAUUCUUAUUCCUCCCCAUAUUCGCAACAACGUUGGAAAUCCUCAAAACCCUGUAACCUCAGCUAAUCCAGGAGGGAAUUCAGAAGAAGCUGGUAGUAAUGGAAACCCAUGUCUAGGUGGUGGCAGUAUGGGAACUGGAGAGAUUGCUAAUUCUGUUGCCAUGGCAGGAUCUAGUGCAGAGGCUUCAUCAUCUGCCCAAGCUUCAGCAUCAACAGCUACAGCGUGAUUUUAACACUGUUGAAUUGCUGGACUAACUGGCAGCUAAGCCUAACAUGAUGAGCAAGCGAAUAGAAGAGUGAAUGUUAAAGAUAACAAGCAGCAGUGUAGAAACAUUUGGACUCAUAGUGGUAACAAAAUAUUAACCGACUCCCCAGUGCAGCACAUUGUCUGCAUCUUAGACCAGUCCAGCCAUUUAUGGCUUGUAUCUUUUUGUUUGUUGAAAAUUCUUGUAAGCCUUAGUAAGUAAAGGUUUAUAUUGCAUGUAAGAAUACAGAGUGCUUGUACAUAGGCCAAAAUGCUUUAUCAGUGUGUUUGACUCCCUUUCACUAGGUAUUUCCCUGAUGUAUGGAGCAUGUUUAUUGUUAGCAUUUUGUAGUUUUGAACUAAACGUGACAAACACAAGUGUUAUAAAGGAAUACAUCAGUUUAAAUAAAAUAUUGUCUAAUAAUUGGUUUAGUGAAAGCUGCAUUUUUAACUUUUAAUGUUGCCAGAUUUAUAUCUGAGUAACCAAUUAGUAAAUGUUUGCUGCACUUGCAUCAAAGUAUUCACAAGUAUAAUGAACGAGAGAAAGACUUAGAAAAAUAUUUAAAUCAAGAAAUUAUAUUUAAGAUUUACAGGUUUUUCAUUGCAUACAUGAAAUUUAAAGAAAUCAGUGAAAUACGCUUGUGAGUUGCAUCUAAUUAAUAUUUCUUGCCAAAUGACAGAGCUGUAAUCACAGUGACAUUUGAGUAUUAUUUCUGAACAAAUUGAUAUAUUAUUAUUUAUAAUGUUUUCCAGCUGAAAAGUCAGGGAUUGUAAAUGUGCCUGUUUUGUGGAAGUAACUCCUUUAUAACCAGAAGUUUGUAAUGUUUUCACGAUGCUUGGCAUCCCACAAGUAAUGAAAAGGGAAUUUUUUUGUAUAUAUAAAUAUAUAUAUAAUAUUUGUGGUACCAGUCUUGAGUUAUAUCCCAGUGCUUAACCUUAGUAAAAUAUUUGCUUUUCAAGUCACUGCUUUAUUAUUUUUAAAAAACAACCUAUUAAAAAGUGUGCAUAAAAAAUAACAAAGCAUUUCUGGAUGUUAUCCAUGUGUUUAGAAAAAAAUUGGUUUAUUUUGGAGAUUUUUUUUUUUACAGGAAAUUAUUGAUGGUAUAAAUGAGUUCUUGAAGCACACGAGGAAGUUUAAUAGUAAACACUUGUAAUCUAUAAAUACUGACUAAUAUGAAAGGUUUAUUAGAGUUUUAUAUUAAACAAAAUUUAGUUAUUCUCUUAAUUCAGGUUUUAUAGAAAUGAAAGUUUGUUUUAAGAUGUGAUGUUGUGUCUUUUGAUUGUACCUAGCAACUUCAGGUUUAUCUUGUGAUUGUAGAAGGCUUUUUGCCAUGUACAUUUUAAUUUUUGGCUUGCAUUUGUAUACUUACAUUUUGUAAGAUACUUUCUUCUAUAACAGUAAUAAGAAGUCCUAGAUCUAAACAGUUUUCUAUUCAUGAGGAUUAUUGUAGAAAUAAUGUUCUUAUGUAGUUACGAUAAACUAAAUGUUUUGGAAUGUGAAGUAACUUCAAUUUGUGAGAACUUUUUAUUUUCUUCAAAAUUUCACUGUCCUGUUAGAGAAGAAUUAUAAAAUAUAUUUUUUUUCUGCCAGAAAAUUUAUUUCAUAUAGCUGGAGAUUUCCAGAAAAACCUUUUAUUUGAUAUUAAAUUAUGUAUUGUUUUAGAUUAUUUGAAAACACUAUUUGAUUUAGAUGUAGUUUUCUUAUUAUGGAUCAACGGUUAUGUGUCUCAUUUCAUCUUUUCUUAAGACACAAAAUAACUGAUGGUUAAAAUACUAUCCAAAUAUUUUGUUUUGAAUUUUUCCCAUUGGCCUUAUAAUUAUUACCAAGUUGUUCAUUUCAUUACUUUAUUAUUGUUUUCAGUAACUUGCAUAAAAGAUCGUAUGAUUUCUAGUGUCACAUAUGUAGAAUUGUAUUUUAAUUUGUGUACAGCUAACUUGGACCUUUUCAUGGGUGUCUGUUCCAAUUUUUUAUGCAGGAAGAAGAUUUUGUAAUAAAAAAAAUUUACUUUAAAUGAAGCUUAUCAAACUAAAUCAAUCCCAUGUUCAAAGCAAACAAGAAGUCUGUCUGGAGUUUAACUUUCCUAAGUUCAGUUUAAACAUUUGUUAAAGUGGAAAAUGUUAGGAAAAGACUGAAAAAAGAACAUUUAAUAAUUCUUUCUUGUGUCAAGUUUUUAGAGGUUUUGUAUUAUCAACUUAGUGAAGUUUUGUGUGUGUAUUUGUGUGUAAAUAGAUAUCUCACAACACACAUAAUCACAUUCAUUUGUAAUAUUUUUAAGUGAGGCAAAAUUUUAAAUUAUUGUGAUGAUAACUUUUGUUAACUACAAGACAGUGGGUUUUAGAAAUAUCAGUUGGGAUUCGUCAUAAUUUAUUACUAUAUCAAGAUGGACAUAUGUUUUUUUUGGUGGUUAAUUAUAUUAGAGUGUUUGAAAAACUUGAGUUACUAAAAGAAAUUGUUCCAUGUUAAAAGAGGUAUAUUUGAGUGUAGCCCUCUAUGAUGCUAUUUCUUUAUUUUUUCAGGAUAUCAUUGUGUCUUAAUCUGGCUUUAUAGUUCAGUAAAGUAUGAAAUUCAUGUUAAUUACAGACAUAGAUGUUGUUACUAUUUUUGUUUUCAAAUGUUUAGCAGAUGUUUGUAUUAUCUAUUAGUUUGCAAAGGCAACUGGAAUUGGUAAAGUUUUACUGACGAUCUUUUAGAGAAAUAUUAUAUAAAGAUGUUGAUUUCAAUUUAAUUCUUUACAGAGCUAAGUAAAACAAUUUUAAGAUUAGUAUUUUGAAAUUAUGUCUGUCAGGAAGAUAUUAAGUAUCCAUCUGUUUGAAUGCACAUAGAAAUUCUAAACACUUAAUCCUUAUUGGCAGGAUUGAAUUUGAAGUUAUCAAUGAAAAGUUAUUUGAUGGUAAUUUUUGUUUCAUAUAGAGCUUAAAGCUUAAAAUAUGGUAAUACAUUAAGUUAUCUUAUAAAGAUUAAGGAAUUGACAUAUACAGAAUACAUCAGAAAAAUGUAACUAACAUAGAAAACACUUUGUUUGUAUGUGCCUUUAGACUGUACUUCUUAAUUGUUUUUCAGUAAAUCUUGAUUAUAGUAAUAUGUGAUUGUUUAUGGUUGGACUAUCAAAGAAGGGUAGUUUAGAUAAAGAAGCAAAGAUAGAUUACAGGUAAUUUAAUACCUUGCUGUUCUGAUAUUUAGGUAGUUUAGUAAAAUUAGUCAAGAGUUUAAUGAGAUUAUUGAAUUUGUACAAUUAAAAACAAAAUGAAACAAUGGAAAUAACUAUAAAAAAUUGGAGAAGAUUGUAGGUUUUAGACUAGAAAUGUAAUUGUACUUGUGUUUUAUUUUUUCUAAAUUUGAUGCACAUGUUUCUCUCUUUGUAUGAUUCAAUUAGAAAUUUUAUAAACUGUCAUAACUAACACUUUUUAAACUUUCUCCACAGUAUGUUUUUCUAAUCCACUUUCUUAAUGGAUUAUAGUUAUAACAGUCAAGAAACAAAUUAUAUGUCGUACCAUUUGUGAGUUUUGUAUCUAUUAAAUGUGUUUUAGGUAUUAAAUGAUGGAAGAAUUUGGCUUUUACUUCAAGAAGAUCCAAUGUUUUGUAAAAAUGUUUUUAGGUAAUUCCUAUGAAAGUUUUAUUAUUGUGUCUUCUAAUUUGUUUUAUUUACAGGUGAACUUUCAUCAUAGCUGGGUGUUCUGAACUUUUGUUGAUAGAGGUGAACAAAAAAAGGAACAUUUCCUAUCUAUGUAACAGGAAAUCAGGAACCAUAUUAUCUUGACUAGCAACAUUAGUACCUUCAUUAAAUGUUUAACAUAAAUUUGACUGAACAAAUAUCAGCUAUUUAUCAUAUUGACUAGGUGCAUUCUUGUGUUUCGCAAUCUUAUACACCAAGAUAUUUUUUGUUUAAUACAGCUUGAGGUCAUGUAGAGUCCUUUAGAAAGUACCUCAGGUGGCUUUUUG